AUGAUCCUAUGUAUUAGUGACAAUAUGACUCGCUACUUGCAGCAGCAACCAGAACAAUCUCCACGUCAUUUGCCGCUCACCGGACAGCUGCAGUGUCGCACUCGCAACAACGCCCUCGCUUUCAAUAAGAUGGCAACAAAGAUUAACAAUGGCGUCGUCAUCUCUUCUUGCGAUGACAGAAUCUACCCGCUACCUGGCAGGCGGAUACGGGAGCAGCGUAACGUCGCUGUUAGUCGAUCGUGGAGGAGCAGCGACAUCAGUGUGCGAAAUUCCUCGGACGCCAGCCCAGGCGACAAGAGUCUCAGCCUCCUCCACUGCUCGUUGGUGGUUGCAGGCGCCACAAGCACACUUCCGAGCCCUUCAGAAGCCCUGAAAUUGUGGCUUGCAGCGGCGUCCCCAGAGCUUGGGAAUUUACUAUUACAGCUGGCUCAGCUCUGUCGCCCUGGCAAGGAACACACAGACUCCAAUUGGGCAGGAUUGUGGUGUCCACCACGGCCCGGAGAUCUAUAUGGCUUGCUCAAAACACCAGCUGUGGUCAAACACAUCUGGAGACGUCAAUUUCCCCGGGACAACGAAAAGUCCUCCAGAGGGCCCUUUGACAGUGUACUCGAAUGCGCAAGUGCUCAAGAGAAUGAGAAUAGCGCUGCCCCGCAACCUGGUGCUGCUAGCUUCCGGCUUUCAAGCCAAUUGGCGGUUACGCACCUCGCGACAGAAUGUGAUCUGUCGCCUACAUUGCACCGAGAACGUGGGUGGGUGGCUGCUCAGUGCCAUACUGCAUUGGUGGCCACCUUCUACUCAACAAAGGCGCAAUUGCUAACUACGAAGAGUUAUCACUGCCUAGCAGCGCAACGCUUGGCAUUCUAUUCCAAAUACCGCCAAAUGCUCACUCAUUACACGGCAGUGCUGCGUUAG